GUCGUUGGGCACGUGGCAUGUACAUAUGUAUGUACAUAUGUACAUUCGUUACCCCUUCCGCUGCAAGGCGGUCUAAAAUCCGAUUGGGUCGAGUGCCGUCGGCACACGUGGUCCAUGUGGUAUUCGAGUUACCCCUUCCACUGCUAUGCGAGGUCUAGAUAUUUAUGGUCUAAGGGGCGUUACUGGCAGUACUCGUGUACGAGAUGGUGGUCAUUUGGUGACACGCAAGUACUAAACUCGAUCUUCUUUCCGACCGCUCCGAACGAGGAUCGAUGCACAAUCGGAGUAGAAAACGGGAUAGUCGGAAUACUUGGAGAUAAAUUCGACUUCCCAGUAGGUUUCCGAUGUAUACGUCGGCUGGGGAGAAUGGCUCUUUCAUCGAGACGAUCAAUAAGUUCACUUAUGAAGUGUUUUGUGUAGUUGUCACAGCGCUCGGGAUCUCGCAAAGGCCAACCGCGGCCCCUACGAAUGAAUCACAGCAGGAUCUUCUCGAACGCUUUAAAACCGUUCUAACGUGGCUGGCAUUCGACGACUUUCAGUCUCUCUUGGUGCGAGUUUUCCUCGCGUUGCUUGCCACCAACGUAGCCCUGAUCUGCGUUUCCUGGCACGUCUAUGGAACUAGGAUUUGCGAUCGGUUCAUGAAGCCAGCAAAAGCCUAACCUCACUUCUUUGACGUUCGCCUGCGAGUCGAGCUGCUAACAAAGAACUUUCACGUGGAGAUAGCACCACCCGAGGCCGUUAAAAAGUUACAAGAAACUAUUUUGCAAUUGAGGUUACCAAGGGAACACUCUCAAAGAAUUUAAUUUUCAAGAAUUAUUGCUUCUACCUGUGAAGUCCUAGUGAUGGAAAUGGCUGACAAAAUUACAUCUUUCUUUAAGAAAAGAGCCAAUUCAAAAUUCAAAAAUGCAGGACAAGGACACAAAUUAACCGAAUCACGCGUUCCUACAUCUGCCCCAAGUCAUAGCAUAGAAAACGUUCAAAGAAUUGAACCAACCCCUGAAGCAAAAAUAGCUGGCCAAGCUGCAUUAGCUCGAUUAGAAACUAAGAAAAAGGUUGCACCUUUUGUUAAAUCAUCGUACUCGUCGAUACAAGCACAGGUGAAGAAAGAGCUGUUGGCUGAAAUGAGUGCAAAAUCAAUGUUACCCACAGAAAAUUGCAAUACCGAUGAAAGGGACAAUGUCAAAAACACGAGUCACGAUACCAAGAGUGCUACAUCGAUUGUAUCCGAUAUCUAUUUUCGUUGUCCAUUAGUAUCGGAGGAAAUCUUACCGGAGGAAGAAUGGCAUUCAAAGAUUCGAGAAUUUCUGUUUGAGCAGCUCGAAAAUGAGCCAGGUUUAACAGCCUGCUUGAUCAUUCGGAACUGCAACUUUGAUGACGAGAGAAUCAGGAAUUGUAUAGAAAUACUAUGUAAAUAUCUUGAAAAUAUCAUUAAAAAUUUGACCGAUGAAAAAUAUUGGAAGAUUCGAUUAUCUAAUAAAAUAUUCCAGGAGAAAGUAAAACCACUGGAGGGAUCCUUAGAGUUAUUGAAAGCAGCUGGCUUCGAAGAAAGGAAAAUAAUUCAUGAAGGUAAAGAAGAAGACUUUUUGAUCUGGAAUCCUGAAAAUUCCAGCACAGAAAAUAUAUCAAUAUUAUUAGAUGCUCUUAAAUCGGUGGAGCCGAUACCCUUGGAAUUAGAUAGGAAUUUACAGGUAUUACUUCCGAGUCAAACCCUGGAAUACACAGAACUACCUCCAAAUUUCUACAAAAUUUCAGCGCAAGAAAUUAAAAAAGAAUAUCAGCACAGAACCGAAACGGUGAAGUUAAACGAAACACUUCGUACAACAGAAAUGAGAAAUGCAUCAAAGGACAUGAAAUGUUAUCGGUUUACAAUAAUUCGUGUAAAAUUUCCUGAUGGCAUCACGCUUCAAGGAACGUUUGCUACCACAGAAACGAUUGACAACCUUAUAACGUUUGUGAAAGAAAGCUUAAUAAGUGAAGAAAUUCCAUUCGUUCUGACGACGUUCAGUGGAAAGAAAUUAAGUAGUCACGAUCUCGGGAGCGAUAAAGAGAGCACUCUUUUGGAUUUGGGAUUGGUACCAACGAGCAUCGUACGGUUUUCAUGGAAUGUUACCGAUAAUAAGCCUUCAACGUACUUGAAAGAUGAAGUCAUCAUUCUCAUGCAGCAAUUGGAAACGUAAUCGUCGUUCGUUUGCAUCAAUUACUGCAAAAGCAACUAUAGCCCAAGCGUAACUAUAGCGUCUUCUGUGUGUCUAUAAUUUACAUCCAUUUGUAAAAGUGAUUAUCGAUAAAUGUAAAGUAUGCUUUCUCGCUGUAUAAUCAGAAAUGAGAAAAGUGCUCUUUUCAGCUGCAAUUUAAUCACGUUGAGUAAACUAAAAGGAACCCGUCGCCUCGUACUGUACGAUAUUCAAAGACUCAACGUUUGUAAAUACCCAAUCGAAUUUUAUCAAAUUAAAAGAUUAGAUACGCUCA